CUCUAUUUAUUUUACUUUCGAUUCGUUGCAAAAUACCUAAUCCUAAUAUUACUCGAAGAAUUGCUUUUCUUUUUGAAGAAAUUUUACAUCGCAUUGCAAAUUUUGAAAAAUUCGAAAUUGCAGUUUGGUGUGAACUUUAGCUAACUCUUCUAAUUUGAUUAUUAUUUGUCUUUUUCUCGGCAUGCAAGGGUUUGCUAAAAUUAAAUAAAUCAUUUCCUGGAUGGCUUAUGUCCAGUUGCAAUGAUGUUUUUGUGUCAAUCUGUUGAACAAAAAGAUUUGGUCUAAUUUGAUUGCUUCUAGUUUGAUCUCGGUUAAUUUGAUUUCCCGAGGUUUACUCCGGUGAGUCCAGUUUUUCUCUGUUAAUGAAAUAGACUGCAGUAUUUUAUAAUUUAUUGUAGGAUGUAUGGUGCCCUUUUUUAUUCAUAUUGGAAUCUGAAGUUCUAUAAUCUGCUAACUGCUGCUGCUUUAUUCUUGGGUUAUGACGGCGGUUCUGUGGAGAAGCAAGGUUCGAAUGGAAAGGACGAUACUUCUCAAGCUGCCUCAUCAAAUGAGAUAUUAGUCAGAUUGAAGAGAUAUGGUAUCUCCGGAAUUUUGUCCUAUGGCUUGCUAAAUACUGCUUACUACCUUACUACUUUCCUGGUCGUCUGGUUUUAUGUCGCUCCUGCUCCUGCGAAAAUGGGUUAUUUGGCAGCUGCGGAAAGGUUUCUUAAGGUGAUGGCUAUGGUGUGGGCAGGAAGCCAAGUAACCAAGCUCAUACGAGCUGGAGGGGCGCUGGCGCUUGCACCAUUCGUGGAUAGGGGUUUAUCGUGGUUCACUAACAAGAUGGGAUUUGAAACGCAAGGGAAGGUAGCUUGGGCACAGUGUCACGGGGCAGGAGCUCUCACCCGACCAAGUGAUUCGAGCCACCUGAUCGUGUACAAGGCGCAUGAGGUGAAAUCUUAUCCAUUUUUAUGUAUUUUUCGUCUCUCUUUAUUGAGUUUUCUCUCUAUCUUUUAGAACAAUUCACUUGGUUGGUUGGUUCAUGGUUGUAUAUAUUAUGUUCAUCGAUGAAUGUAAAUGUAUGCUUUUUAGCUUGUUAUGUUGCUACCAUAGUGGAACCUAUUUAGGUUA